AUGGAUAAUCAUUCAUCAUCGAGUUUGCUUUUUGAAAAUACAAAUGGAUCAAUUUAUUCAAAUGAUUUAGUUUUAAGUAUAAUUGAAGAUGUUUCAUCUUCAUCAACAAAUACAAAUGGUAGUUUAUCCCCAUCCUCACCCCCAUCAAAUCAAUCAUUUGAUAUGUCAACAAAUCAAAUGUCAUUUCCUUGUUGUAUAUUUCGUUGUAAACAAAAUUCACAUCCGUUCCAAGAGCGUUGCAUUCCAUUAAACGAACAAGUUAAAGUUGGACGGGCUGUUGCUCGACUUAAAGCUCUUCCAAAUAAUGCCAUAUUUGAUUGUAAAGUACUCUCACGACAACAUGCAAGACUUUGGUAUGAAGAUGGCAAGUUUUUAUUACAAGAUACAAAAAGUUCGAAUGGUACAUUUGUUAAUAAUGAACGAUUAGGUAAAUGUAAUGAAGAAAGUCCACCAUUUGAAAUCUAUUCCGAUGAUGUCGUUCAAUUUGGUGUUGAUGUUACUGAGAAUAAUCGAAAAACUACACAUAACUGUAUCAUUAUGGAAGUUAGACUCUUUCAUGCAGAUGGUAGUGAAUCUUUAGCUCGAAGUGCUAAUGGUCAAUCUUUAGCUCAAAUAAAAGAACUUGAUAUAAAUACACAAACAUUAUAUCAAUUGGCUCAAUAUAUUCAAGAAGCUAUGCAUCGUGAACAAAUGCUUGAACAAAAAUUGGAAUAUCUCCAGCGUGUAUUACGUAAUACACAACAAACAUCCGAUGAUAGUUGGCAAGCAAUUAUUAAUGAAGAUCGUCUUCUAAUGCGAAUCAAUGCAUUAGAAGAUCAAAUUCGUAUUUAUCGUACUAAACAUCCGAAUGAAGAUCCGAUAAAACAAGAAUUAGUUCAAUUAACUGAAUCACAUACAAAAUUUGAACAAGAAUCAAAAAUUAAACUAGAAAAGGCAUUGAUUGAUUGUGCAGAUGCGAAUAGUCGAAGUAAAUCUCUUGAAUGUUCAUUACAAAUAGCACAAGAUGAAUUGAAACGUUUUAAUGAACAAAAUGAACAACAGAAAGAAGAUAUUCAACAACUUGUACAAUCAGUUGAUGAACAACGUUCGUUGAUUUCAGAUAUUGAAAUACAAUUACGAGAUUCUCAAACACGAUGUACAGAUAUAGAAAUUGAAAAACAACGAAUACAAAAUGAUUUUGACGAAUAUUAUCAACGAACAUAUCAUCUAGAAGAAUUACAACAGAAAUCGAUACAAAAUGGAACAGCUCAUGGUCGAUUUCAAGUUCAAUCUUCUUUACUUGAUCCAAUUAUAGAAAAUAAUAAUUCUAUUGAUAUUCCAAUAUUGAAAGAAAAUGGAGAAAAUGAAACACAUGAUGAGUCAAUAAUGCCAUUAGAUCAAAUUGAUCCUAUUGUUAAUCAUAAUCAUACAGAAAAAUAUGAUAAUAUCAAUGGACAUGAUUCUGUUAAUGAAUUAAUAGAAGCACAAAAACAAAUUGUUUUACUUCGUGAAAAUUUAAAUAAAACAAAUGAACGUGUCGUUUCUGCUGAAGAUUCGUAUCGAAGUGAACAAGAACGUUAUCGUUCAUUGAUAUCGGAACAUGAAUUAAUACGUGAUGAAUUAAAUCAAUUAAAAAUUCGUUUAAAUAAAGAAAAGAAUGAUAAUAAUGAAUUAGUUCAAGAACAACAAAAUAAACUUGAUACAUUAUCAAAAUCAAUUUUAUCAAAACAAAUUGAGCAUGAUCAAUUGCUUAUCCAACAGUGUGAACUAACAUUUAUACAAACUAAUCAAAACCCAGUGGAAUAUAACUUUGGUCCUCGAUCUGUUGCUGUUGGCAAUUUCAACGAUGACGAGUUGUUGGAUAUUGUUGUUGCCAAUAGUGUCGUUGAUAGUAUAUCUGUAUUCCUUGGAUAUAAUAAUGGUAUUUUUGCAAGUAAUAUGAUGUAUUCGACCGGUUUACAUUCUGCUCCAUACAUGGUAGCCAUCGGUGAUUUUAACAACAAUCAUCACACGGAUAUUGCUGUCGCAUAUUUCGGUACUAAUAGCAUCGGUAUAUUUCUUGGAUUCGGAAACGGUUCUUUUAUUAAUACAACAGUAAUCUCAACUGAUUCAUCUCGUCCAGUCUGGAUACAUAUAGCUGAUCUCGAUAAUGAUACAUCACCCGAUAUUAUUACUGCUAAUUAUGGAACUGAUAGUAUAAGCAUAUUUUAUGGAUAUGGAGAUGGACGUUUUGCAUAUCCGAUCACAUAUCUAACAGGCUACGAUUCUUCACCAUUCUCAGUCAUCGGUGCAGAUUUCAACAACGAUAAUCAUUUAGAUCUUGCUAUUGCAAAUUAUGGUACAAAUAAUAUAGGUAUAUUUAUUGCAAAUGGCAACAGAACCUUUUUACAUCAACAGAUAUUUUCAACUGGAAUUAAUUCACAUCCAUAUUCACUCACCGUUGGGCAAUUUAAUAAUGAUAACUUAUUGGAUAUCGCUGUCGCUAAUAAUGGAGCAAACAAUGUCGGUGUACUUCUAGGAAACAACAACGGCAUUUUUACAAGUCAAACAACAUAUUCGCUUGAUACUUCCUCACCAUAUUCUAUUAAUCUGGGCGAUUUUAACAAAGACAAUCGACUUGAUUUAGUCGUCAGUAAUAAAGGUACUAAUAACAUAGGCGUAUUGCUGGGAAUUGGCAAUGGUAGUUUUUCUGAACCAACAAUGAAUUCAGCUGGCUCUUCUUCUUCAAUUUCGCUUGCUGUAGCUGAUUUCAAUAAAGACAAUCUUCUUGACGUUAUUAUCAUCAGCAAUGAUACUGGCAGUAUAGAUAUUCUCUUUGGUUACGAUGAAGGAUUUCAACCACAAACUGCGUAUCCAACCAGCAAUUGGCCAUAUUCUGUUGCUGUUGGUGAUUUCAAUAAUGACACUCGACUGGAUAUCGUUGUUGCUAAUUAUGGUAACAACACAGUAAGUGUAUUUCUCGGAUAUGGCAAUGGUUCUUUUGCAAAGCAAACUACCUAUUCAACUGGCAUUUAUCCAUCUUCUGUAGCUGUUGGUGACUUCAACAAUGACACACGACUAGAUAUCGUCGUUACUAAUUAUUUGAGCGACACUAUAAGUGUAUUUCUCGGAUAUGGCAAUGGUUCUUUUGCAAAUCAAACUAUCUAUUCAACUGGCAUUUAUCCAUAUUCUGUAGCUGUUGGUGACUUCAACAAUGACACACGACUAGAUAUCGUUGUUGCUAAUUAUGCUGUUGGUGAUUUCAACAAUGACACUCGACUGGAUAUCGUCGUUGCUAAUUCGCACGGCAACACUGUCAGUGUACUUUUCGGAUAUGGUAAUGGUUCUUUUGCAAAUCAAACUACGUAUCCAAGUGGCAUUUAUCCAUAUUCUGUAGCUGUUGGUGACUUCAACAAUGACACACGACUAGAUAUCGUUGUUGCUAAUCGAGAUGACAACACUGUAAGCGUAUUGCUUCAUUAUAACAGAGCAGGUUUAGGAAACGAAAUAACAUUUGCAUCUGGUGGUGGUUCUCGUCUACGAUAUGUUGCUGUCGAUGAUUGUAACAAUGAUAUGAUGUUGGAUCUUGUCGUCGUUAAUUAUGGCACUAAUGAUAUAGGUGUACUUCUUGGAAACGGUAAUGGAUCAUUUUUAGAGCAGAAAACGUUUCCAACAGGCAUAAAUCCGUAUUCACUUGCCAUAGGUGAUUUCAAUAACGAUGGUGAACACGAUUUUGCUGUAGUUAAUUAUGGUAGUAAAAACAUUGAUAUGCUUGUCGGAAAUGGAAAGGGAACAUUUACACGUCAAUUAACUGAUGGAUCUAGCGUGGUUUUCGCUCCUUUAGUUGUUACUGCUGGUGACUUCAACCAUGAUGGACAAUCAGAAAUUAUUGUCGCAUAUGACAACACUGAUAAUAUAGAUAUAUUUGUUGCAUUUGAUACUGGGGCUUUUACGAAUCAAAUUACGUAUCCAACUGGUUCUGAUCCAUCUUCUGUAGCUGUUGGUGAUUUCAACAAUGACACUCGACUGGAUAUCGUCGUUACUAAUUAUGUUGACAACACUGUCAGUGUACUUCUCGGAUAUGGCAAUGGUUCUUUUACAAAUCAAACUACCUAUUCAACUGGCCCUUUUCCAGAAUCUGUAGCUGUUGGUGAUUUCAACAAUGACACUCGACUCGAUAUCGUUGUUGUUAAUUGGGAUGACAGGACUGUCAGUGUACUUCUCGGAUAUGGUAAUGGUUCUUUUGCAAAUCAAACUAUCUAUUCAACCGGCACUUGGCCACGAUCUGUAGCUGUUGGUGAUUUCAACAACGACACCCGACUGGAUAUCGUCGUUGCUAAUGGAGGUGACAAUACUGUAAGUGUACUUCUCGGAUAUGGCAAUGGUGCUUUUGCAAAUCAGACCACGUAUUCAACUGGCACUUAUCCAUAUUCUGUAGCUGUUGGUGACUUCAACAAUGACACUCGACUGGAUAUCAUUGCUGCUAAUUUACUGGACAACACUGUCAGUGUACUUCUCGGAUAUGGCAAUGGUUCUUUUGCAAAUCAAACUACAUAUUCAACUGACUCUUAUCCAUAUUCUGUAGCUGUUGGUGAUUUCAACAAUGACGCUCGACCGGAUAUCGUCGUUGCUAAUUCGCACGGCAACACUGUAAGUGUUUUUCUUGGUUACUUAAAUAUGGUUUUUCAAUAUCAAACGACACUGUUAACUGGUGACAGGUCUGUUCCACGAUCAUUGUUCGCUGGCGAUUUUAAUAAUGACACUUAUAUGGAUAUUGCCGUCGCAAAUUCAGGCACCAAUCAUAUUGGUAUUUUUCUUGGAUUGGGCAAUAAUUCUUUUUUAAAUCAAACAACGUUUGCAACUGGCUCUGGUCCAUGGUCUUUAGCUGUUGCUGAUUUAAACAAUGAUAAUCGAUUAGAUAUUAUUGUGAGUAAUAUUAAUGAUAGUAAUAUCAGUGUGUUUCUCAGUUUUGGUAAUGGAUCUUUUGCAAAUCAAACAAUAUAUUCAACUGGAAUUAAUGCUGAACCUUACUCAGUUGCCAUUGGUGAUUUUAAUAAUGACGCCUUACUAGAUAUCAUUGUCGCUAAUUACCUUGCUAGUAAUGUAGUUAUAUUGUUUGGAUCUGGUGGUGGUAGAUUUACAGAUUCAAAAGUAUAUUUGGUUAGUUAUGGAUCUUUUCCAUUUUCUGUUGUUGUUGGUGAUUUCAACAAUGAUACAAAACUAGAUUUUGCAGUCGGUAACUAUGGUGAUGACAAUUUAAAGAUUUUAUUACAGACUUGUUAA